AUGGAGUCCGAACGCGCUGGCCGAGGAAUGGCCUUGAGGUGGUUCUUGUUCUGUAUAAAAGGCCGCGGAAGGGUUAGCGAGGGUAGUGUCUUCUCCGCCGCCAAUAUGAGACGAUCGAUCGCGGUGCUUGGGCUUCUCGUGGGCGCUGCCUACUGCUUUCCUGGUAGAAUUAGCCAGAGUUACGGCGCCCCGACCGUAGGCUUCAGUUCCUCUGGAGGCCAUGGCAGCUCCUUCAGUGGAGGAUCGCAUGCUGGAGGCGGCAGUGGCUUUGGCGGUGGAAGAGGCAGCUCCUUUGGCGGUGGAUCACUUGGAGGAUUCACCGGAGGAUCGCAUGCUGGAGGCGGCAGUGGCUUUGGCGGUGGAAGAGGCAGCUCCUUUGGCGGUGGAUCACUUGGAGGAUUCACCGGAGGGUCGCAUGCUGGAGGCGGCAGUUUUUCUAGUGGCAGCUUCGGAGGAGGCAGCUCAGGAACCUCGGCAGGACUCAGCACAAGCUACGGCGCGCCCACCAGCAAUUUUGUGAGCUCAACCGGCGGUGGUUUCCGUGGAACUGGAUCCCAUGGCAGCGGGUCGUUUGGCAGCAAAUUUAGCAGCGGAUCCCAAGGAAGUGGAUCCUUUGGCUCCGGAUCACAUGGGGCUGGGUCCUUUGCUACAUCCCAUGGAAGUGGAUUUGGCAGUGGAUCAGGAUCAUUUGGCACUGGAACCCACGGAGGUGGAUCCUUUGGUACUGGAUCCCACGGAGGUGGAUCCUUCGGUACUGGAUCCCACGGAUCAGGGUCAUUUGGUACUGGAUCCCACGGAGGUGGAUCCUUUGGUACUGGAUCCCACGGAUCUGGGUCAUUUGGUGCUGGAUCCCAUGGCAGCGGUGGGCUGAGCACUAGCUACGGUCUCCCCAACUGAAGACUGUCUGCUUGAGCUUUUGCUGAAGCCGGCGUUUAUGAGGAGUCAUCUUCCGUUUACACCGAGCGACAGUUAACAAAUUUGAGAUGGUUCUAAAUAAAUUCGCUGCAUGAGCUAC